CGCGCAGUGGCGCUCGGCGUGUUUGCGUUUUGACCGCCGACAUGGCGCUGCUUGGGCUUGCGGCGCGUCGAGCUGUGUUGCCGGCCGUUGGUGGGCUAAGCAGGCCGAGGUGGUCGCCGUGUUUUAAUGCGGAGUUCCUACUUUGCAGGCCCGCGGCACAUUUCACUUUCCAGCCAGACCAAGAGCCUACCCAGCAUGGCCAGACACAAAAAAUGAAUCUUUUCCAGUCUAUAACAAGUGCCUUGGAUAAUGCCUUGUCCAAAGAUCCAACUGCAGUAAUAUUUGGUGAAGAUGUAGCUUUUGGUGGCGUCUUCAGGUGCACUGUAGGCUUGAGAGACAAAUAUGGUAAAGACAGAGUUUUCAAUACACCCUUAUGUGAACAAGGAAUUGUAGGAUUUGGCAUUGGAGUUGCAGUUGCUGGGGCUACAGCUAUUGCAGAAAUUCAGUUUGCUGAUUACAUUUAUCCUGCCUUUGAUCAGAUUGUUAAUGAGGCAGCAAAGUAUCGGUAUCGGUCUGGAGAUCUCUUCAACUGUGGAAGUCUCACAAUAAGAGCACCUUGGGGUUGUGUGGGUCAUGGUGCAUUAUAUCACUCUCAAAGCCCAGAAGCCUUUUUUGCUCAUUGCCCAGGGCUAAAGGUUGUUAUUCCAAGAAGUCCUCUUGAAGCCAAAGGACUAUUGCUAUCAUGCAUAGAAGAUAAAAACCCUUGUAUAUUCUUUGAACCUAAAAUAUUGUACAGAGCAGCAGUGGAACAAGUCCCUGUGGAGCCAUACUACAUUCCACUUUCUCAAGCAGAAGUGCUGCAGAACGGAAGUGAUGUUACUCUGGUGGCUUGGGGCACUCAGGUUCAUGUUAUCAAAGAGGUAGCAGGUAUGGCUCAAGAAAAACUUGGUGUAUCCUGUGAAGUAAUUGAUCUGAAGACUAUUCUACCUUGGGAUGCAGAUACUGUAUGCAAGUCUGUGGCAAAGACUGGACGAUUACUAAUCAGCCAUGAAGCCCCUCUUACAGGAGGUUUUGCAUCUGAGAUUAGCUCCACUGUUCAGGAGGAGUGUUUCUUGAAUCUAGAGGCUCCUAUUUCAAGAGUCUGUGGUUAUGAUACUCCAUUCCCUCACAUUUUUGAACCAUUCUAUAUCCCAGACAAAUGGAAAUGCUAUGACUCUCUUCGGAAAAUGAUAAAUUAUUGAUUAAACAGGUGAGGUAUCUUAUUGAUGAAAGGGAAUUUUUGGAUGAAAGCUUAGCAACCCUAUAUAAUUCUUGAUUUUAAAAAUCCCAGUAAGAAUCAUCAUGUUUGCCAUAUUUCUCGUCUGUAUGCAGGUAAAAAUGGAAGGAGGCAAGUGGCUGUGAAAUACAUUUGUGCUCAGUGUACUAAUCUAAAUUGAACGAUGCCCCAGAGCUAUAAACUAUUCAUUGUCGGAGAUAAAAGACUUCUUGGAGUGGAUACUGAUCCAGGCUUCCAGACAAAGGUUUGGAUGCAGUGAUCCACUCUUGCAAAAACACUGCAGAUCUUUCCCACUUGCACCCUCAUCCCAACAGUCCCUUCUGACCCUGUAUAAUUUGUUUCCUGGGAUUGUGGCAUUUGUACGUGGUAAAUACCGUGUGGGUUGAUGGGCUACAGUGUGUAGGAGGAAGGGGCAGGGCACCCUCUUUUUCAGCAGAGCUUCACUGAAGAGGAAGAGGCAGCUCCUUUAACAAAAGAGGCAGGAAAGGCAGUUUUUCUCUUUUUGCUUACAACUCACUGAGAUGCCUGGCUAUUUCUCCACCUAGGUCCCACAACACUGAGAAUAAAAUUGUGAUUGGAAAUAGCUGCUGGGAAAAGGGCAAAGCAGAAAAGAUCUGACACCAUCCAUACCUUCUGCUGAGAUGGUGUUGGCAAGAAUUUCAUUGUUGAAAAAAAGUUUUGCUGAGAGAAAGUGUGACUGGCCAGUAAACUUCAUGGCUGAAUGGGGAUCUGAACCCAGGUCUACUAGUUUGUAAAAUUGACAGUUGUAUGCUAACUAAUAUGGAUGAGGUAGAGACAUUGGUAGAUGUGCAGGAUUUAUCAUCUAUGCAGAAAUAUAUUACUCUGGGUUUUUUUUUUUAAAAGCUCCCAACUCGGGAGAAUUUUUCCAAUCUGAGCAGAUUGCAAGAAUGAGUUAAAACCAUUGAAAAUAAGGAGAGGAAGGAAAAUGGAAUAGAAAGGUCCCAGACAGCCAUUUGCCCAUCACCAUUCAACAAAUAAAAUUUUCUUCAAGUACAAGAUUAGGUCCUUCCAUAGUAUCAAGCCUAUGAAAAUAUUUCUGUGUAGCAUUUAGGCUGGCUUUGUGGGGGUAAAGCUCUUUUCCUCAGCUGUAUUGCUGAGUCUGGGAGUUGCAUUUGCCAUCCUUAUACUAAUACCCAAGUGGCCCCAUCUGUGCGG